CUCUCUCUCUCAUACACACACAAAUACAAAAUUCCAUGUUCUUUUUUUGUUUUAUAUGAAGUUAAUGGAUGCUAAAAUCCAUCUCUGAAAAUCAAGUUUUCUUUUCAGCGCACAUACAGUGAACGUGUUUUCUCCUCGGAGAGCGACGGCGAUAAUGGACGCUGCCGGAGCCGCUGCAUACAAUCCUCGGACCGUUGAAGAAGUCUUCAGAGAUUACAAAGGCCGUCGUAGUGGCAUGAUCAAGGCCCUCACAACCGAUGUUGAAGAUUUUUUCCGGCAGUGCGAUCCUGAGAAAGAAAAUCUGUGCUUGUAUGGAUUCCCUAGCGAACAAUGGGAGGUUAACCUACCUGCAGAAGAGGUCCCUCCAGAGCUUCCUGAGCCUGCAUUAGGUAUCAAUUUUGCAAGAGAUGGAAUGCAAGAAAACGACUGGUUGGCUUUAGUUGCUGUCCACAGUGAUGCAUGGCUACUUUCUGUAGCAUUCUAUUUUGGUGCUAGAUUUGGUUUUGACAAAUCCGACAGGAAACGCUUGUUCAACAUGAUAAAUGAUCUCCCAACAAUCUUUGAAGUCGUGAGUGGAAACACCAAGAAACAAACAAAGAUGGCUAACCACAGCAACAACAACAAAUCAAAGUCAAACACCAAAGGGCAAGGGUCUGAAUCCUUUCAGGGGAAGUAUGGUAAGGUGGAUGAGGAAGAAGAAGAUGAGGAGGAGGAUGAACAUGGUGAUGCAUUGUGUGGGGCCUGUGGAGAGAAUUAUGCUUCUGAUGAGUUUUGGAUUUGCUGUGAUUUGUGUGAGAGGUGGUUUCAUGGGAAGUGUGUAAAGAUAACUCCUGCAAAAGCUGAGCAUAUUAAGCACUAUAAAUGUCCUAGUUGUAGCACCAAGAGAGCACGACCUUGAUGGUUGAAUUUGAGACAAGUGUAGGAAAGAAUGUUGGUUUUAAUAUGGUGUUUUGGUUAUUUUUAGUCAUUUAGAUGGUGUUAAUGUAGAAAGACUUGAGAUCUUUUUAAUUUUAUCAACUUGUCCAGGAAAUUGCAAAAAG